AUGAGCGGGGACUUUAAUUUGGUUUUAGAUAUAGAUAUGGACCGUUUCGGUGGAAAUCCUCACGGGAGUAUUGGUAGCCCAGAAUUGAAGCGGUUGUUAUCAAAAUAUCAUUUGAUUGAUAUCUGGAGACAUCAACAUCCAUCAUUGAAAACUUGUACCUGGUCCAACGCGGACCGUUCUAUAAUGUCGCGGUUGGAUAAAUUUUACAUUUCUGUGGAUUUGGUGGAUGAUAGUAAGAUAGUAACUGGGAUUCAAUCAUGUCACUUAUCUGAUCAUGAUUUGGUUUCCUUUCAUAUUUUUGAUACGCAUCACGUUCUUACGUGGGUCCGGGGUGUUUGGAAAAUGAACACUUCUCUCCUCAAGCAUGAAAAUCUGCGAACUGAGAUUAUAUCUUUCUUGUCAGACUGGACUGAGCCGAAGAUGUUAUUUAGUGAUGUUGGGGAGUGGUGGGACGGGGGCAAAGCUGAAAUCAAACAUAUUAUUAUUGAGUAUAGCAAAGCUGUCAGGCAGCGAAUAAAUGAACAGCAAGUUCCAUCGUCGUCGACAAAACAAUUGGCUGAUAUCACACAGGAUAGCAUUUUCUCUAAUCAUCG